AUUCACAAAAUUCCUUUCUCUGUAGAUAAUAAAUUGGAGUUAAUUAAGCUAAUUAGCUAUGGCCGAAGCGACCUCAAUAGCAAAGCUGGGGGGAUCUCUUGCAGUUCCUUCAGUUCAGGAGUUAGCGAAGGAGACAACAACACUGAAAGCUGUCCCAGAACGAUAUGUGCGUCGUGAUCAAGACCCGACUUUCAUACCCAAUAUCACUUCUUUGCCACAAGUUCCUGUUAUCGACAUGAACAACUUACUUUCUUUGGAAAAAGAUGUCCUCCAAUCGGAGCUUCAAAAGCUUCAUCUUGCUUCCAAGGAAUGGGGCUUCUUCCAGUUGAUAAAUCAUGGAGUGAGUUCUUUGGUGGUGGAGGGUGUGAAGACAGGGAUUAAAGAAUUGUUCAACCUCCCAAUGGAAGAGAAAAAGAAGUUUUGGCAACAACCAGGCGACAUGGAGGGUUUUGGACAAGCCUUCGUUGUCUCUGAUGACCAAAAACUUGAUUGGGCAGACACCUUCCACUUGUUCACCCUGCCAAAACAUUUCAGGAAACCCCACUUAUUGGCCAAAUUUCAUCCCCAAUUCAGAUAUUCCAUAGAAACUUACUCAGCCGAGCUAGAAAAAAUCGCAAACACAAUCCUUGACCUAAUGGCAAAGGCUCUAAAAAUGGAACCUCAUGAAAUGAGGGAGCUAUUUGAUAAUGGCGGGCAGACUUUGAGGAUGAACUACUACCCUCCAUGUCCACAAGCGGAUCUUGUGAUCGGCCUCAACCCGCAUUCCGAUGCCACCGGCCUCACCAUCCUCCUCCAGAUCAAUGAAACCGAAGGCCUCCAGAUUAGAAAGGACGGGAUGUGGAUUCCUGUUAAACCGCUCCCUAAUGCUUUCAUUGUCAACGUUGGAGACAUUUUAGAGAUUCUGACGAAUGGGAUAUACCGUAGCAUUGAGCACCGUGCUACAGUAAACAUAGGAAAGGAACGGCUCUCAUUGGCCACAUUUUACAACCCCAAAAUAGAUGGAGAAGUGGGUCCCGCACCAAGCCUUAUAACUCCGCAAACUCCACCAUUGUUCAGAAGAAUUGGCGUUGCAGAUUACUUCAAGGGAUAUUUUUCACGUGAACUCAGCGGUAAAUCAUACGUCGAUGUGAUGAGGAUCAAUAAUGACGAAAAUAAAGUCUAA